CCCUGUGGAACUAGAAUGAGUCCUCUCCUUGGGGCCUUGGGCGGGAGGCAGAAGGAUGUCAGAGGGACCAGUUGCCUAGCAUUUGGCCUGUUUUCCCCACUGGGCAGUGUGGAGCAGAGAGGAGCCCACGGGAGAUGGCCCCUGGGGACAGGCUGUCGGGGUACCCCUGGGAGUGACAUUCUGUUUGGAGUCCGGUGCUGUGCCCGAGAGGUGCUGGUCCCCGAGGGGCCACUGUACCGCGUGGCUGGCACAGCCAUCUCCAUCUCCUGCAAUGUCACUGGCUAUGAGGGACUUGACCAGCAGGACUUUGAGUGGUUCCUGUACAGGCCCGAGGCCCCAGAGGCUGCACUGGGCAUUGUCAGUACCAGGGAUAGCCACUUCUCCUAUGCUGUCUUUGGGCCCCGCGUGGCAGCUGGUGAGGUACAGGUGCAACAUCUGCAGGGUGAUGCUGUGGUGCUUAAGAUCACCCGCCUGCAGGCCCAGGACGCUGGCGUUUAUGAGUGCUACACACCCUCCACUGAUGCCCACUACCUGGGCAGCUACAGCGGCAAGGUGGAACUGAGAGUUCUUCCAGAUGGGCUACAGGUGUCUGCUACCUCCCCAGGGCCCCGAGGCCGCCAGGCCCCGACUUCUCCCCCUCGCCUAACAGUGCAUGAGGGGCAGGAGCUGGCACUGGGCUGCCUGGCACGGUCAAGCACACAGAAGCACACACACCUGGCGGUGUCCUUUGGACGAGCCAUGCCCGAGGCGCCGGUGGUGCGAGGGACUCUGCAGGAAGUGGUGGGACUUCGGCCUGACCUGGCUGUGGAGGCCGGUGCUCCCUAUGCUGAGCGGCUGGCUGUAGGGGAGCUGCGGCUGGGCAAGGAGGGGGCUGAGCGGUACCGCAUGGUGGUGGGGGGCGCCCAGGCGGAGGAUGCUGGCACCUACCACUGUACUGCCACUGAGUGGAUUCAGGAUCCUGAUGGCAGUUGGGCCCAGAUUGCGGAGAAGAGAACUGUCCUGGCCCAUGUGGAUGUGCAGACACUGUCCAGCCAGCUGGCAGUGGCAGUGGGGCCUGGUGAACGUCGGAUUGGCCCAGGGGAGCCCUUGGAACUGCUAUGCAAUGUGUCAGGGGCACUACCCCCACCAGGCCGUCAUGCUGCGUACUCUGUGGGCUGGGAGAUGGCACCUGCAGGGGCACCUGGGCCUGGCCACCUGGUAGCCCAGUUGGACACAGAGGGUGUGGGCAGCCUGGGCUCUGGCUAUGAGGGCCGGCACAUUGCCAUGGAGAAGGUGGCAUCCAGAACCUAUCGGCUACGGCUGGAGGCUGCCCGGCCUAGUGAUGCAGGCACUUACCGCUGCCUUGCCAAGGCCUACAUCCGAGGGUCUGGGGCCCGGCUUCGUGAAGCAGCCAGUGCCCGCUCCCGGCCCCUCCCAGUGCACGUGCGGGAGGAAGGUGUGGUGCUGGAGGCUGUGGCGUGGCUGGCAGGAGGCACAGUGUACCGCGGGGAGACCGCCUCCCUGCUCUGCAACAUCUCUGUGCGGGGUGGGCCCCCAGGGCUGCGGCUAGCCACCAGCUGGUGGGUGGAGCGACCUGAGGAUGGGGAGCUGAGCUCGGCCUCUGCCCAGCUGGUGGGUGGCGUAGGCCAGGAUGGUGUGGCAGAGCUGGGGGUCCGGCCUGGAGGAAGCCCUAUCAGCGUGGAGCUUGUGGGGCCCCGAAGCCACCGGCUGAGACUACACAGCUUGGGGCCUGAAGAUGAAGGCGUGUACCACUGUGCCCCCAGCGCCUGGGUGCAGCAUGCCGACUAUAGCUGGUACCAGGCAGGCAGUGCCCGCUCAGGGCCUGUCACAGUCUACCCCUACACGCAUGCCCUGGACACCCUGUUCGUGCCCCUGCUGGUGGGUGCAGGUGUUGCUCUAGUCACCGGCGCCACUGUCCUUGGUACCAUCACCUGCUGCUUCAUGAAGAGGUUGAGAAAACAGUGAUUCCUCACCCCCCCCCAGGGUUGGCUGUGUCUUCCCUACCAUGAGGCUGUAAGAAGCUGGGCGUUGUGGCACUAUUCUGGAUGACCCAAGCCUCUUUCCACCACAAACACCAUCUGGCCUCUGUGGGCCAUGCCACCCACCCCAGGAAUGGACACCUGGAUUCCAUCUGCUGCCUGAGCUGUCAGUGUUGAGCCAGUUCUUGUUGGGACUUCUACUCGGAGAGGGGAGCACAGAAAGGGGGGUCCUCACUCUCAGGUUCUCCCAGGUUAUAGGGCACAGGCUUCCAGCAGUGCCCUUUCUGAAUUCCCUGUACUACUCUGCCCUCUCAUUCUGCUGGUCCAUCUUGUCUUGGACAUGACUCCUCCCACCAGCCCUGGGGCCUCAGUCUUUUUCUUCCUGAUCUUCAUUAUUCUGUCUGACAGCAGCAGAAUAGAAGCUCCAGAACACAGCUGCCUGGAUGGUGGGUAAGUCAGGGGAGGCCUGUGUGCCCAAGGAGCCCCUGCAUACACCACCCCACCCAGGCCUUGCCUCACCCCUCUGCAUAAGAAUUCUCUGAUCUUAGAAUUCUUACUGCAUUGCACCUUAAGAGGCACUCAGUUUACCUCUUUUAAUUCAUUUAUUUAAACGCUUAUCGAGCAUUACUCGUUUGCUAGUGUUAUUUUUAAAGAUGGGGAGAGUGAGGCCCAGAGAAGUGAUAUGACUUACCCAGAAUCAUAGAGCUAAUUAGUGACAGGGUCACAACUAGAACCCAGGUCUCCUGACUCCUUGCACUGUAUGCAAUAGUGCCCUGAGUGGUGACUAAGUGGCAAGGAAAGGUAUGGCAGGGUCUCAGUAACUUCUAUCCAGGCUCAGUUUCUCUGCCCAUUCAAUUGCAAUGGAUUAACUACUGUGAAAGAGAGAGAGAGAGACAGAGAGACAGAGAGAGAGACAGAGAGAGAGAGAGAGAAAAUGUGUGUGUGUGUGUGUACAGACAGCCCAUUCCCUCCUGCCUAUACUCCAGCUUUUUCACUGAAUUAAGCCAAAAUGACAUUCCAUCCUGCAUCCCAACAUUUGUUCUUGGGGGAACAGGUGACACCAGGGUUCUGGGACCUCAUCUUUGACUGAUGGUGACUCAGGUGGCCCUGUGACCUGAGGCAAAGACGUCCUCUCUGAGUGGACCCAAACUGGCAUGGGCUCUCUCCAAGACCCCCAUUCCUGCUUCCAGGAGGCACAGGUCCCACAGGACCUUAGCUUCCCAGCCUGGAAUGGAGCAGACGUGGGUGCUUUCCCCCAAAGGGCUCAGACUUUUAUUAAAGGACAGGAGUGGGUUGUAGCCAGUAUUGGAGGGCAUGCCUGCCUGGGCACACACUUUUCUCCUACGAGGCCAGCCUCAGGUCCCCUCUACCUCUGUCCCUUCUCAGCUUGCGAUUGAUCUUCCCUUCACCAUCCUGGGGGGCAAGCCCUGGUGACUGGAAUGACACCAAAAGGGGUGGUCAGGGGAUGGGAAUAGUGUCUGAAGGGGCCCCUAUCCUAGCUGGACAGAUAGCAGGCCACAGACCUAGACAGAUGUUAGACACCUUCUCUCUCACAUUCUCUCCCACAUUUAACCCUGCCUCCAAAGUCCUGCAAGGGCAUGUCCAGUAUGUUUGCUAUAGCAUCUUUCCUGCAGACAUCUUUGCUGCAAGAAUUUUUGCCCCAAACAUUUUCACCACAUAACUAACUGGCCAUAAGGUAAUUUUGCUGUGAGAGAGAUAAAAAUAACUGGUUGACAGGUUGUGUGUGUGUGUGUGUGGUUGGUUGAAUUUGUCCAUUGACAAAUCAACCACCUUUAGUGGACUUAAUAUAUUUAAGCUAGUUGUAAUUUUGGUUUCAUUUUUUCACUGAUAAAAUUCUCACAGUUACUCUCAUUUUUACAUUAUAUAAAUCUUAGGUAUGGUGCUGGUCUUAAAAUAGUUAGCAUUUCUUCCCGAUGACGAUAUGUCCCAACAGUUGCUUUCUUAUUUUGAAACACACUACAUUGGGAGGAGAGAGGCCAAGGGCCCUCUUUGAAAGUGCAGAGUUGAGCCCACAUUUCCCACAGAAAUAAGACAAGUGCUUAGGUACAAACACAAAAUAAAAUAAGUUAUUUAUGCAGUAUUGCCAUGAAUCUACACACUUUUAAAUGUAUUCAAAUACUUUGUAUUUUGCAAUAAAGUCUUUAAUUUUGUUAAGUUCUUUUUUCCAGUAAAAUUACCUUAUAACCAAUUAGGUACAUGGUGAAAAUGUUUGCAGCCAAAAUGCUUGCAGCAAAGAUGCUCCUGUGAAAGUAAGAACCUAUAAGGUAUUCCCCCCUUUGUCACUUCCUGCUCCAACUCCCCACCACCUCUGCAGGAAUCCCCUCAAGGUCUGCUUACUGCCUCCUCCUAUCAGUCUGCCUACUUAGCUUCCCCAAACACCAUCUCUAGUUGUCACUACCCUAUUUCUAUUGACAGGUGAGUCCCUGGGCCCAGAGUUAAACUUGUCAGCCUGGAUUUCAGGGUACCCUUUACCUACACAAUAGACUCCACCCUUUCUAUUUCAGUCUCCACCCCAAGGAUCCUCAUCUUCUCUUCAGCUACUCUUCAGCUUGUAUGCCCCAUCUCCUGAUACAACCCCCAGGUCUUUGCUUAUGGCAGUGGUUCUCAAACUGUAGUUCCAUUCCAGCAGCAUCAGCAUGACCUGGGAACUUAUUAGAAAUGCAAAUAUUUGGUCUCCAUCCCAGACCUAUUAAGUCAGAAGGUCUGGGAGUGGGACAGCAGUGUUUCCACAAGCCCUCCAGGUGACUCUGAUGCUAUAGCUGCAGGCUUAGCUCCUUCUCUGUGCCUUGCUCAACCCCUAGCUUUCUGAUUACCAAACCCUCCUACCCCUGCUUGGAGAGACUGCUCAGGUUCUUCAUUUGAAACAGUUGCCAUGGGCAUAUUUCUCUGUUUCUCCCAUGUGCACUGUAUUCCAAAAUAGGAAACGGGUCUGUGGAGACAGAGUCCCAGGGAGCAGUUUUCAGGCUCUCAGCCUCACGUGGAAAGGUGCUGGCUUGCUUAGUAGAUGGCCAUCAGCUGUAACUAGUUGGCCAUCAGCUGUAGCCUGUUAACC